AUAUUUUCCACUGCGCUGCAUACUGUCUGCAUACUCUGCAUACUCUGCAACACCCCGAUCCUUGUACAUAUAUAUCCCAUCCUGCGCACUGUUUCUUUUAGAUCUCCACCCAAGUGAUGUCAGAGCCCUCCCACCCAAAAUCACCGGGCCUCCCAGUCGUGGAAUCGUCCAGCGUCGACAAGUCGCGCACCACCAGUAAAGAAAGACGAUUACUCCAAACCGUCGAUAGCAACUAUGCCGAUAUCAUCUGCAUUAUUCUGUGCUUUGUCACCGGUCUCUGCGACAGUUCUGCCUUCAAUGCUUGGUCUUGCUUCCUCGCAAUGCAAACCGGAAACACCGUAGUCCUCGGCCUCGGCGCCGCCAACCUCCCAACCGACAGCCACUGGAGCUGGCUAAAAUCCCUCGUCUCAAUCAGCAGUUUCGUGACAGGUUCAUUCAUGUUCAGUCGCGCGGGCCGUCUCCUCGGCCCAACACGUCGCGGCACACUCUUCGCCUCCUUCAUGGUCCAAGUCCUCCUAAUCGUGAUCGCCGUCUCGCUCCUCCAAGCCGGGUUAAUCUCCAAAUCCGACUCCGCCGUCACAGAUCACCAACACCACCCCCUGUUGGACCUCAUCCCCAUCGGCCUCCUCGCAUUCCAGUCCUCCGGGUCCAUCAACUCCACUCGCUCGCUAGGGUUUAAUGAGAUCCCGAGCGUCGUCAUCACGAGCGUGUAUUUUGAUAUUGCCUCGGAUAAGAAUAUUCUCGCUGUGCAGAAUGUGAAGAGGAAUAGGAGGGUUGCGGGGGUGGUGGCAUUGUUGAUUGGGGCGAUUGUCGGGGGGUGGUUGAAUCGGAGUGCCGGGGGGAUGGCGUCGACGUUUUGGCUGGCUGCGGGGAUUAAGUUUUGUAUUGGGGUGGGGUGGUUGGUUUGGUUGCCGAAGAAGGUGUAGAAUGAAGUUGGGGAGGGGGGUGGUGAGGGUGUGGUUAGGUGGGAAUAGGUGGGUUGGUGAGUGGGUUCUCUCCGUUCUGGAUGGAAUUGUUGUAUAGAUAGAUGGUAUAGAAUUCGGUGUUUU